UAUGUAGUUCGCAUUUACAUAAUUACCCCUUCCUCCAACUCACGUGGAACGUUCGGUUGACGAUGGAAGCAAUAAUUUUUCUUCCUUUCCGUUUGUCAGCGGCGGAGUGGCUAUUAUCUCUCCUUCCCCAUUGUUGGAUAACUCGCGUCGCAACUUAGUUAAAAGGAUAACGGAAAUGGAGAGUGGAGCAGAGCCACUGGCGGUGGACCAUGACAAAUGGCGACUCUACGAAGCUUACAAUGAGCUUCACGGACUCGCUCAGGAGUUCCACACUCCUUUCGACGCUCCGGCAGUACUCGUGGUCGGCCACCAAACCGAUGGCAAAAGCGCCUUGGUUGAAGCUCUCAUGGGCUUCCAAUUCAACCACGUCGGUGGCGGAACCAAGACUCGCAGACCCAUUACUCUUCACAUGAAGUACGACCCCGACUGUGAAACUCCCGUCUGUCAUCUUGUCUCCGAUGACGACCCCACUGUCGCCAUCCAAAAAUCUCUCCACGAAAUUCAGGCAUUCAUUGAAGCUGAAAAUAUGAGGUUGGAGAGUGAAACAAGUCAAUUCUCGGCCAAGGAAAUAAUUAUUAAAGUGGAGUAUAAGUAUUGCCCUAAUCUUACGAUUAUUGACACUCCUGGGCUCAUUGCUCCAGCCCCAGGUCGAAAGAAUCGGGUGUUGCAGGCUCAAGCUCGUGCAGUCGAGUCACUAGUACGAGCUAAAAUGCAGCACAGAGAGUUCAUCAUAUUGUGUCUUGAAGAUUGUAGUGACUGGAGUAAUGCGACUACCCGAAGGGUCGUAAUGCAGAUUGAUCCUGAACUCUCAAGGACUGUGAUUGUAUCAACCAAACUUGAUACCAAGAUACCCCAAUUUGCUCGUUCUUCAGACGUGGAAGUCUUUCUUUUGCCACCCUCUUGUGCACUUGAUGGCAUCAUAUUGGGGGACUCUCCAUUUUUCACAUCUGUUCCUUCAGGCAGAGUUGGUUCUGCACAUGAUUCAGUUUAUAAAUCAAAUGACGAGUUCAAAGAGGCUAUAGCUUUGAGAGAGAAGGAAGACAUUAUCCUUUUGGAGGAAAAGUUGUGCCGACCUUUGGCUGAGAAAGAAAAAGUGAGAAUUGGUGUAAGCAAAUUGAGAACGUUCUUAGAAGAACUGCUACAGAAAAGGUAUAUGGACAGUGUGCCCUUGAUCAUUUCACUUCUUGAUAAGGAGUACAGGAGCACAACUCGAAAACUGAAUGAUAUUGAUCAAGAACUCAGUAAUUUGGACGAAGUAACAUUGAAGGAGAAAGGAAGAGCAUUUCACGACUUGUUUUUGACCAAGUUAUCUUUGCUUUUAAAAGGAACAGUUGUUGCUCCUCCAGAUAAAUUUGGUGAAACACUUCAAGAUGAAAGAAUCAAUGGAGGGGCUUUUGUUGGUACCGAUGGUCUUCAAUUUCCACAGAAACUAAUCCCGAAUGCAGGCAUGCGUUUAUAUGGUGGUGCACAAUAUCAUCGUGCUAUGGCUGAGUUCCGUUUUGUGGUUGGGGGAGUAAAGUGUCCUCCAAUUACUAGGGAAGAAAUUGUAAAUGCAUGUGGAGUCGAGGAUAUACAUGAUGGAGCAAACUACUCUAGAACGGCUUGUGUGAUAGCUGUGGCCAAAGCUCGAGAUACCUUUGAACCAUAUCUUCAUCAGUUGGGUGGUAGACUAUUGCACAUUUUGAAGAGACUGCUUCCUAUUUCUGUCUACCUUCUUCAGAAAGAUGGGGAGUAUUUAAGUGGUCACCAGGUGUUUCUCAACCGUGUUUCUUCUGCCUUCAACAACUUUGCUGAAUCUACUGAGAAGGCAUGCCGUGAAAAAUGCAUGGAAGAUUUAGUGAGCACUACCCGCUACGUCUCAUGGUCGCUUCACAAUAAGAAUCGAUCAGGGCUACGCCACUUCCUAGACUCAUUUUGUGGAAAUGAUCAGUCCAUCAUGGGAGGGAAUUUGGCUUCUAGUGGCCUUUCUCAAGAUUCAACUUUUGGUUCUCUUAGCAAUGAGCGGCAAGACAAUAAACCUAGGCCAGAUGUAAAGCUCAGUCAAUUGGCAUCAGGAAUUGACUCCAGCUCUUGUAUUCAGGGAACAGAAACAAGGCUAGUUGAUCUCUUAGAUUGCACGCUUUGGAACAGAAGACUUGCUCCUUCAUCUGAAAGAAUUGUUCAUGCUCUAGUACAGCAGAUAUUCCAUGGAAUUAGAGAAUAUUUCUUGGCUUCUGCAGAACUAAAGUUCAACUGUUUUCUUCUAAUGCCAGUAGUGGACAAGUUGCCAGCACUUCUACGCGAGGACUUAGACUCUGCUUUUGAAAAUGAACUGGAUAAUGUUUUCGAUAUCACGAAUUUGGUACACUCCUUGAGCCAGCGAAAGCGCGAUGCUGAGGUUGAACUGAGAAGGAUUAAGAGGCUCAAGGAGAAGUUUAGAGUGGUACAUCAGCAGCUCAUACUGCAACAAUCCAAGCCUGAAAUGAAAACUGGAGAAGGUGAUACGAAAUGAAGCGAAAGGGAAAAAGGACGAUCAAGAAAUCAUCUGUUGAGAUUAACUGUGCCACUUCUGAUAUGUUUCUGAUAUGAGAGUAGCAUGUAUAAUAGGUAAUGUGUUUAAACAUACUGAUAUCUUAGUUUUGUUGUAGCCAAGCAUCAUUUUAUACAAUAGAAAGAGUGAAUAUCAACAAGAGUUUUAGCAGGCUCUCUUUGAUCGUUGAUAA